AUGAGUACAAAUCCAUUUGAUGAUCGGAGGCCAUCUCGAUCUCGUCCCAGUCGGCCUCGUCUUCGAACAACGAACAACGAUGCCGAGCCUGCAAUUUGGGCUGCCAGACAUGUCGAAUGGCCAAUUCCGACAGCCUUGUCGCUCUCCAAUUAUCAAAAGCUACAGCGCGCUAGUAAACAGGCAGCUUCUCAGAUGGGAAUAGAUGAAACAGCACAAGAAGCAGCAGGAACAGAAGAAGAAAAGGCCGAGGCAAGUUACUUUUCAGGAUUCAUGAGUCGAGUUUUGAAUCCCACCAAUGCGGACGAAGAUGAAAAGGAAGAAGAGCCCAUUUCGUCGCCAUCUGGAAGUCGUCCUUUGCGGUCUCCUCGACCGAGAUGUGUAGCUACUGCGAAUUCAUGGAUGGUCGCAGCUUUAGAGUGUCCGGUGACUGGUGCUCCACCGUUGCGAUUAGUCAGUCGUUGGAACGUUCGUCGCAUGGGGGGUGUCGAUCAAUGGAUGGCUUUGCCUCCUCCUGUGUCUGGUGGAGAUGGCCGUGUUCUACAUGUCUUUGUGGAUCCAACAGGUUGUCAUACACUCAUUUCUGCAAAGAAUGGAGAAGCCUACUAUCAUCACUCGUCAUUGAAAGUCAUCCAAAAGCUUGCAGGAUUUGGACGCAAUGCAGAUGGGGGGUGGUCUAAGGAUAUGACAGGGGUGACAGCGUCUUCGCAGGCACAUCGAAAAUCAAGUACUGUCAAUGUUCAAAGUGGAAUGUCAGUGGGAUCGUACGUCACAGCGGUUGCAUGGGAUCGCGAGAGAGGCACCGAAGGAUCGACCAAGAAGAUCCUACUCGGAACCAACACAGGUGAAAUCUAUGAAUAUGCCCUAGUAUCACCGAAUACGAACGAAGAUCAAGAGGACACGUACGCAAAGCCGAUUCUUUUGCACCAGCUGAACUCGGAUGCAUCAGUGACAGGGCUGGCAUUCGAACGCCUAAGAACAGGGUUACUUGUGCUCGCAUGCACUUCUGGACGCAACAAACGCACCCGGUUUUAUACGUUCUAUUCGGCGCAUAGCAGUUCCUUCCGCAUGGUGAUGGCAGACGAAGCACAUGCAUCACUUGUAGAGCUUCCUGGGAGCCUGGACUAUGCUGACUUAAGAAUCUGUAACGAUCAGAUUUGUUUGCGCACAGCAACAGGGAUUUAUUAUGGGACCAUUGAUAGAGCGCAGAGUGGGCCAGCCUUUGCAGGGGGUUCUAUGGUCAUGGACUCUGGGAUUCUACCAUACGGUGAAGGGAAAGGAUCGAUACCUGUUUCACUGGCGUUGACACCGCACCACAUAAUUACGCUUUCAGAAAACAACGAAGUUCGGUUCCUAAAUCGAGUAGCACAAAAGGUGAUCCAGAAAGAAAAGGUUGAUUGGGCACUCCCGUCAAGUUCAUCUAAUCUGGACGAGAGUCACAUGGCGAUGGCAGAAUUAAUGAUGGACGUGCGAAGGCCGGACCAAGUUUGGCUUCGAAGGGCCAGAAGUCUCGUUCACAUUUCAUCGAGCCAGGAGGAUCGCGAUGUUUGGAAAUACACACUUUUCAAGUGCCUUGAGAUGCCGAUAGGACGCGGACGCUCCAAUGUCGAUACGGGGGUAAUGACAGAGGAGGAAAAAGCGCAAGAAGCACUAUUCGGACAAGCCAAGAGCCUCUGUACUCAUCCGUCUCAAAAAGCUGUUCUAACCGCUGUCCGUGCGGAAUAUCACCUUUCCCAAGGAAGGGCUGAGCUGGGUGCGAAGUACCUUGCUCAAUGCCCUCCUGUAUUGAAACCAUUUGCCGAUACUGCAGUGCGGCUGGCCCUUCCCAUGUUGAAUAUCGAUGACCCGGAAUCAUAUGGAGGAUCUGCCUUGGCACGCGAGGCACUCAAAAGCAACACCCCUUUGAUCACUUUCUUGACGGAUAAAAUGCGUAUGUCGAAAAACAGCAAUGACAAAAUGACUUGCACAAUGAUUGGGGCCUGGUUGACAGAGCUAUAUUUGCACGAUCGUGAUGCCUCAGAAUCCAACAAAGGGGCUUUGAUGCAAUUUUUGACCUCGAAUGUCCACAACAUGGAUGCGAAAACCAUCAUCAAGGUCCUAAGCUCGCACGAUGUCAGUGCUUUGGAAUGCGCGGGAUACGCGAACAUUAGUGGUGAUAUCGAAACGGCGGUAAAUGCUGCCCUCCGUAUUGAAUCGGAUGCAAAUGAUUCAGUCGUCGAUGCACUUCGUGUCUUGAACGAUGCACCUUUUGAACGUGCUGAGCCAUUGUACUACAAGCAUGCAACCACGCUACUGGCUCGGGCACCCGUUUUGGCUGGGAAGUCAUUCUUGUCGCGUUACACUCACGGUCUUAGCCCGAACCGUUUGUUGCCGUCAAUCAUGUUUUACGAAAGACUUCGUGAGGAUAGAGUAAAACAGCUGCAAGCUGCAAAGACCCUUCGUUCUCCCCGGGGAAAAAGCGGAACGGGAGACAGCAAGAAGACAGAGAGCUUCGACACUGGAAGAAACAUGUUUGGGAGUGGUGUUGAAGUUCAGGUUAUGUCUGGCGUAGCAGGGCUGGGUUCAUUUGUGGACAAUGGAGAGGUUUCGGCCCAAUAUCUGGAGGGAGUUAUUAAGCUUGGAUGCCGCAGUAGCGCCAUUUACAGCUUCUUGAUCUCCCUUUAUGUUAAGCUUGAGAAUGAAGAUCCUCUUUUCAAGUUUCUAUCAGGACAUGUCCCGGCAGCGUCAAUGGCCUCUGAUGCUUCAAAAAAGGCUGGUAUUGCUUUUGGUGAUGAAAGUAUAGCUGGUCCACUUGACAUGUCGUAUGCUUUACGCACCAUCCUUGCCACUGGUCGGCAUUUUCGCUCUGCAAUCAAACUAUACAUGGGCUUUGGGAUGAGGCAACAGGCUGUUGAAUUGGCCUUGAAGGUUGACCCAUCUCUGGCAAGAGAGCUCGCUCAAGACAGCGUUGAACUGGAAGAACGCAAGCGUUUAUGGCUGAUGAUCGCAAAGAAUGCUGCAUCAGAGGGAAUGAAUUCAGCCGAGGUUGAUGUUGUGUCCAAGGUUGUUUCUGUUUUGAAGGAUUGUGGACCUGAUGUUCUGUCUAUUGAGGAUGUCCUUCCUUUCUUGCCUGAUUUUGCCCAAAUUGAUCAAAUCAAGGACGAGAUUUGCGAAGCUCUGACAUCGUACUCUUCUAAAAUUGAAGGCUUCUUGAAGGAGAUGAAUGAAUCUGAUCAAGCCUGUGAUUCUUUACGUCAAGAGAUUAGCCGCCUCCGAACCCAUCGAAUGGAAAUGAGAUCCGACGCUCGCUGCGCCUACACCAAUCGCGCUGUACUUUCCGCUGGGGAACCCUUUUAUGUUUUCCCAUCAGGUUAUGUUGUUCUUGAAAGUGCAUUAAAAAGAGAAGUCCUGCCUUAUCUGAACGAGCGACAACGACGAAGAGUUGCUGAGAUUGAACGAGAGUUCAAAGUAUCAUCGAAACAGAACAGGCAGAGGGAUCCAAAGUUUGAUUCCCUCCAGGCCGAACUUGAUGGUCUUAUUGCUGCGGAAUGUCCUCUCACCGGGUCAAUUAUGGUUGAUAGUAUUGGUAGGGGAUUCUCUGAUGAUUUGGACGACGCAUCGUUCUUGCACAAGCCAUCAAAUAUAGGAGAUUUGAACCACAAGACUGCAACAGUGUGA